AUGGCGUCUUCUCUUCUGCCUUCCUGCAGCCUCACUCGGAACUCCUUGAUACCAAUGGCGUGUGCGAGUUCGAGGCAGGGAGAUCGAUGUGAUUUCCGGAUUCUGCAUGUCGAAUUGCGGGGCCAGAGGAGACGUGGAUUGAAAACAGCUUCUGUGAUUUGUGGGGCUUCUACGAAUACUUCCGCUUAUACCUCCUCAUCUUCUUCUUCUGGAACUUAUGUCUUCCGUGAUCUUGAAGCGGAUGACUUCAGACACCCUCUUGAUCAGCAGGUCGGAAUUCUAUCAAAGCGUAUUUAUCAUAAACUUAUUUUUUUUAGUCUGAUAAUUUUUUCGUUCAGAAUAUCUAGAAGUCGUAUAUCCUAACUUUCCUUCAUUUCAUUUUUUCCCCGAAUGCAGAAUACAUUGCUGUUGAGGGCCAUACCUGGGCUGAAAGAAUUUGGCAAGGCUUUGUUAGGUAAUGAAAAUAUCUCCAAUUUUUUUGGUUUCUUUUUUCUGUAGUUUGCGUCGUUUCAUUGUGUUCUUGGUUUAUGGAGCCCUAAUUCACCUCAGUUUUCUUAGUUGAAGUAAUUUUUUUUUUUUUUUAAGGAAUGGAUUUGUGUAGCCGUUAGUUGCACUUUACUUGUCGUUUAGACUGUAAUUCAUCCCAUGUUCGUCACGGAGCAAUGGUGCCUGUGAGUUGUUACAUUUAGUAAGCUACUCUCUGUGAGUUGGUCCAAGAUGUGACGUCUAGAAAACAUAAAUCUCUUCGUCGAUUGAUGCUCAAAGGUCAGAUUAAUAGUUUGUUGCGUCAAAUUUCAAAGAUAGCUAACGUAUUAUUCAUAUUUAUGUCCAUGUGAAAGUGAGAAGAACUGGGUAGAAUUAUUUUCUUUUGUUACCUUGUGUCUCUGUUUGGCAUAAAUUUGAAUAACUGAACCACGUGAACGUUUCUCACGACUCAAAAAGCUAUUGGAUCUAAUUUAUUUUCAAGCGGCAUAUACAAUCUGAUCCAUCUCCAGGGAAGAUGGCCUAGGCUUUCUUUGAUAUUUAGAAGUUAUAGUGGUAGAUGUUUCCAGUCAAUAUGAAUUUUAUUCUUUGAUGAGCAUCAUCAGUACAUGGCUAUAUGGUUCUUUGGGGGGCUAAUCUAUUCCGCUUCCUCAAAACCCAGUAAUGAUUGCAUCAGUUCCUCAAUUGGAAAUUGAAUGUGUAAUCCAGUAUUCUUCCCAAAACUGGUCGUCCUUUAUGUGUCUCAUUUAAUUUUUUCAGAGCAGUGAUAACAACGGGUAUCCAACUACCUAUUUUCUCUCUGUCUUGCUUCUUUUCUAACGUUUAGAUGAAAGUUUGCUCACUGUCCUCCCUUUAUAUAAUAUAAAAAACUAGUACUUUGUGCUAGCAAUUGUUUUAGGACUUUUCUUAAAGUCCCUAUUCAGAAUUACAUUUAUCAAGUACCGCUAUGAUGUAAGUGUUGAUGGCAUUUAAAGUAACUCGUUGGGAAAAAUGUGCCCAAUCUUUUAUCUUUCAUCCAGCUGAGUGAGUUGGUCGAAGACUGUAUAUCCGGCUUCAUGGUCUCUCAUUCAAAUACACCUGGUCUCCCCUUGUUGCAUGAUUAUUGACAUCAAGCUAUUAUUUAGUUGCUUAUAUAUGCGUUUCUGUUGUGUAACUUAUCUUAUAUGAGUGUGGCCUUUGAUAUCUCAUAAAUUAUUAGAAACGUAUGGACUGAAUUCUCUGUCUUCAUUCAUCUGAAUAUCUUGUCUUUUAUUGGACGUGGCUAAUUGUAGAUGAAUGGGAUAAGGCUUAUAGCGAUGAAGAAACUAUUGUUUAACAGCUGUAGAUGUGGGUUCAGCGUUUUGUUACGCUUGAUGUUGCAAAGACUUCAAUUUUAUGUUUAAGUUGAUUUAUUAUGGUUACAAAUGAAUUAAGACUUUCCAUGUCAUCAAAUUGUUAUUAGAUUUUUAUGGAAGACAGAUCUUAGAAACUUUUCAAAUCAUUUAAUUCCUUCUUUUCGAGCAGAUUAAUGCGUUUUCAGGUUAAUGAAAACCCUAGUUCGUGGAAUGACAUUACUUUUAUUAGCUUGUUACAUCUCUUAGCAUGAUUUCAUGAAUGUUAUUGUCACUACAGGACCCGUUUCUGAGCAGGUCAUGCUUCUUGAGAACAUAGGAACAUCUGUUCGUGUUGCUGAAAAUCAGGUCAGUAUUAGGAUUCUAUUUACGUAGGCUAUAUCUUCCCUUAAACGCGUCGUGAUACCUGGGGAUAUUUGCAUCAAGCAUGUAUAUAUACUUCAGACUUUGGAUGCAGAUUAUGGUUUAGGAGUUUAAUGUUGGCUAUGCUAAGAAUUGUUUUUCGACUAAUGCCAGCAAGCUAUGACGUUUGCCCAAACAAACUGAUGAAACACUACUGUGCAAUCUUCUCUAACGUGGAACUGGCGAAAGAACAAUAUCCUCCUUUAUAUGGGUGUCAGGCCUGGCACUCUCUUUGUCAUCCCUGCUUUCAAUGAGUUCUUCAUUGUUAUUCUCAUCAUCAGAUCUUAACGGAGAAACAUGCACCAGAUUUGUCAUAGAAUAGCUGCUACAUUGCUUUUGGCAUCUUUCAGUGUCCGUGGAGAGUCAAUAGACGAGCAAGUUGACUAGAAGUAGCAGGAUCUCUCUCUCUCUCUCUCUCUCUCUCUCUCUCUCUCUCUCUCUCUCUCCACUCUUCUUCCUUCAUUUUUCUUCUUUCCGUCUACUUUCUCCUUUCUUCUGUGGUUCCAAAAGCAUGGAAAAAGCCCCCGGAAAAUUGAGUUGGAUACACGAAUUGAAAAACAGAAAAUCAUGCAGUCGACGGAUAUGGUUCGUGUUAGCUCGAUUUUGGGAUCUCUAGAUCACAUCCUAGGUUCAAGUCAUCUUUCCAUGCUUGUAGCUGUUCUAGCUGAAUGGCACUGCUUACGAUACGUUGAAUACUAUCUUAGAAUCGAACUCUCCUUUCAUGUGCAGCGUCAACAAUCCUACAAUGUAUCAUCUUUCAAUGGGCAGUUUUGCACUAAGAAAGAUUUAGAUGAAAUCCUAUGUGGUUUCCACUGAACUUUGAUUUGAAAAUUUGGACUUUUAUAAUGAAAUACUGGGCAUUAAAUUUUAUUGGUAAUUUAUUCGUAGUUGUCAAGUUGAUAUUCUACAUUUCACCACAGAUCUUUUAAUGCUCUCUAACAUAUUGCAGCUUUCUGAUCUUUAUCAAUUAUUGAUUGACGCAUGUAAAAUACUGAAUGUUGAGGCUCCUGAUCUGUAUAUCCGUCAAAAUCCUGUCCCAAAUGCAUAUACUCUGGCAAUUAGCGGGAGGAAGCCAUUCAUUGUUGUUCACACGAGCCUUGUAGAGUUGUUAACCAGAAAAGAACUACAGGUAAUGUAUUUUAGUUUUGUUAUUGUUAAAUGAUAUCCUUCGAUUAGCUUUCGAAAUGUUUAGAAUAUUUGGAUAAACACCGAUUUAUGUUGUGUCUUGGAAGAACUUUGUAACUCAACGCAGUGUACAUAAAGCUCGUGGUAUAACGCUGAAAGUACCGAGGAUAACAUCUUUACAGUUUUCAUCGUGAACAUCUGGCUGUCAACCUAGAUAGAAAUCCACUAGGAACUUGGGAUUCAGAGCGCGAAAUCUUUCUUUUUACAUAAUCAUAGGAGCAAAUUAUGUGACUCAUUCCUAUACCUUUUUUUCAAGGUUGUCUCUCUAAUUUCUAGAUGGUAAGGUAGUUCAGUUUUUAAUGUCAGGUUUAUCUGACGUGGCUAAGUGGCCCGUGUUAUUGUGGCGUACGUAGCCUGGAAGCCACAUCCUUGACAUUUAUCCUAGUAAUACAAGUAAAAAAAUCUAGGUUUUAGUCGGUGUUUCAAUGAUUUGAACGAUUUCUUGUAUGUUUUAAAUCCUGACCUAAAAGAGCACUCAAAAAUGUUUCUACUUAAAGUUGGUUCGGGAAUACCGCCGGUUUUCUCAUUUAUGUUUGAUUGGGAUAGUUUAUUGGUAAUUCUUCUGCCUACAUAUUGAUAAUAUGCGAUUACGCUGACUCUGGUGCUGUAAUUGAACUUUUUGCAUUGUGUGAUUUUCAAUAGAAGGAUUUGAAGCUGGAAUAUGGAAAAGGAGGAAAGCUUCCUGGUACCAUGUGUCUUAUUAAAGUUGAUAGUUUCAUGUAUACCAAUAAAACAUUUUAUGAUUUUUUUCUUCAAUGAAACAUAUUGCAGAAAAUAUUAACUCUCUGAGAGUAAUAAGAUCAACUUUUGAAGGAAAACUUCAUAAAUGUUUAGAUGCCUUGGAUAGUAGCUACCUGAAUUUAAAUAUUUCAAUCAUUUUUCUGUGUGAAAUCAAGCUUUAAAUUCCGCAUAAUUUCUCUAAAUUCAGGCUGUAUUGGCUCAUGAAUUGGGCCAUUUGAAGUGUGAUCAUGGAGUGUGGCUUACAUUUGCAAAUAUUGUUACCAUGGGGGCAUAUGCUGUACCUGGUAAAUCGUCGUGCUCAGUUUUCGGUAUAAAUGAUCAUUACUUUACAAAAAAAAUCUGAAAGUUGUCCAUUUUUUACGCCUUUUUACCCUCCUAGGUCUUGGCGGGUUCAUUGCUCAGAGAUUGGAAGAGCAGCUUUUUAGGUGGCUUCGAUCUGCCGAACUAACUUGUGAUCGAGCUGCUCUCCUCGUCACUCAAGAUUCCAAGGUAAAUAACCUUUUAGAAAUGAAACUAGUAAUUUUUCUCUCAUGCGUUUUAGGUAAGUGGAUCAAUUUCCACUUCAAGGCAACAAAGACAGUAUUUUCUUUUCCGGUUUACUAUUUGAGGAGACAUGAAAACUGUAGCUAAAAACUAAGAUUGUACUUACAUAACCUAGCUACCACGUCGGUUUAUAUCAUUUUCAGGGUUUAUUAGCUUGGAAUAAAGGUUUGACUUAUUAAGAGCAAAAAUAACGUUUGUGGAUAACUACCAUUUUAAAUCACGCAUGUCGCCGAUUAAUUUUUUUUUAAAAAAAUUAAAGGUACUUUCCUCGAACGUAAAUGUGUAAAAAUUAAACUUCAACUGAAAAUGGAUACAAACUUGCAAAGUUUCUUGAUAUCCAUUAUCCUCUGACUGACUGUUCAUUAUUCUCCUAUUCCAUCAAGAGGUGGUCAUCUCUGUCUUGAUGAAGUUAGCUGGCGGAUGCCCAUCACUCGCUGACCAGCUUAAUGUUGAUGCAUUUUUGGAGCAAGCCCGCUCAUACGAUAAAGCUUCUUCUAGUCCAGUUGGGUGGUACAUCAGGUUAGCGCCCUAACCUAUUUUCCCUUCAAAGUGGAGGUGUUGAAAAAUGCUGUAUUUUUGGACCGUGGGAGGAAAAAAUUAUGAUAAAAGAAUUAUGAUUUUAUUCUUCAGAAACGCCCAGACAAGGCAGUUGUCCCACCCGUUGCCUGUCUUAAGAGCCCGAGAGAUCGAUGAGUGGUCCAGGAGCCAGGAAUACAGAUCUCUCCUGAGGAGGGCAGCAGAGCUUUAA